AUGGCUCCCUCCAAGUGGAUCACCGCUGUGCUGGCAAGCUGCCUCUCAGGAUCAGUUCUUGCAGCUCCCACUGCAGCCAGUGACCAGAUCGUCAAGCGCGCAAGCAUCAAUGAUGCGGCCACCGGUUACGCCAGCCAGAAUGGAGGCACCACUGGCGGAGCUGGUGGUACCACUACAACCGUCUCCUCGUAUGCAGCAUUCACUGCUGCAGUUUCUGGAGAUGACAAGAAGGUUGUGGUUGUCAGCGGCACCAUCACCCAGACUGCCGAUCAAGCUCGCGUUGGUAGCAACACCAGCAUCAUUGGCAAGGAUUCGAGUGCCAAGUUGGUGAACUUUGGAAUUCUUGUGAAGGAAGCUUCCAACGUCAUCAUUCGCAACCUUGGUAUCUCCAAGGUUCUGGCUGACAACGGAGAUGCCAUCGGCAUUCAGUACUCCAACAAUGUCUGGGUGGACCACUGCGAUGUCUCCUCCGACAGAGACCACGACAAGGACUACUACGAUGGUCUUAUCGACAUCACCCAUGCAGCUGACUACGUCACUGUGUCCAACACCUACAUCCACGACCACUGGAAGGCCUCGCUGAUUGGCCACUCUGACAGCAACGGCGACGAGGACACCGGUUACCUCCACGUUACCCAGAACAACAACUACUGGUACAACAUCAACUCCCGUACCCCCUCUAUUCGCUUCGGUACUGGUCACUUCUACAACAGCUACUUCGACACCGUCAGCGAUGGCAUCAACACUCGCGACGGCGCCCAGGUCCUCGUCGAGUCCAACACUUUCGUCGGCUCCAGCAAGCCUCUCUAUUCCACUGACGAUGGCUAUGCUGUGGCCAAUGACAACGACUUUGGUGAUGGUGAGAACACUGCUGAGGCUGGAACUUUGACCUCUGUGCCCUACUCUUACACUUUGGUUGGAUCUGCCAAUGUCAAGAGCGCUGUUGUCGGUACUGCUGGUCAGACCCUGAGCUUCUAG